AUGCCGGCCGCCAACUGCUCACGGCACAGCGACGCGGUGGAGGGGACCGUGGCCGUGCUGCUGGCGCUGGAGUGCGGGCUCGGCCCGCUGGGCAACGUGGUGGCCCUGUGGCCCUUCGCGUUGCGCCUCAAGGCGUGCAAGUCCGACGCCGUGUACCUGCUCAACCUGAUGGCCGCCGACCUCCUGCUCGCCGUCUGCCUGCCCUUCCACGCCGCCUUCUACCUGCGCCACAAGACGUGGCCCCUGGGACACGCGUCCUGCCGGGGCCUCCUGUUCCUACAGGUGCUGAGCCGCGGGGCGGGCGUCGCCUUCCUCACAGCCGUGGCCGUGCGCUGCUACUUCCGAGUGGUCCACCCCCGGUUCAGGGUCAACCUGCUGUCCCCGCGGGCGGCCUGGGGGGUCUCGGGCUGCGUCUGGCUCCUGCUGCUCGGCCUCAGCCACCGGAGCCUGCUCGUGUCGGAGGCCGAGUGCCCCGGCCUGGAGCCCCGGGGGCAGCUCUCCCUCAGCGCCCUCUGGCAAGAAGCUCUGUUCUCGGUGCAGUUCGUUCUCCCCUUCGGUCUCAUCCUGUUCUGCAACGCCAGGAUCGUCAGGACCCUCCAGGGGCGACUCCGAGACCCGGACCGGCAGCCCCAGCUGCAGAGGGCCCGGGCGCUGGUGACCGUGGUCGUCGUCCUCUUCGCAGCCUGCUUCCUGCCCAGCUUCCUGGCCCGGGUCCCGGUGGCCGUCUCCCAAGGGGCGGGCGGCUGCAGGGUCCUGGGAGCGAUGGUGCACGUGUCCGACGUGAGCAACGGCCUCACGUACCUGCAGAGCGUGCUGAACCCAGCGGUGCACUGCUUCUCCAACCCCGCGUUCAGACGCUCCUACCGCAGGGUCUUCAACACCCUCAGAGGCCGAGGGAGGGAGGUCAAGGCCCCGGGUGACAUCAACGACUCCUACUGCUGAGGCCGGCCGGCCACCCGCCCCCGCGGGCUGAGCCGUGACGACCGGCUCCUGGGGCUCCAGAGCGAGGAA